UGAUCUGUACCUUCAUUUUUCUGGAUUGGUAAAUAAAACAAAACAUCUAAUUCAUUGUAUUUGCAAACAAAGAGAAUAGAUUAUUAUAAAAUCACUUUCAUAAAAACCUCAUUAGCUGGCUUCAUUUGACUAGUAUUCGUUACUCUCGUUCGGGUUUAUUACGUUUAAGAAUAAUAGUCUGACAGUAGAAUACAUUAUAGUAUUCCUUGUGUGCGAACUAAAAUGCUGAAGUUUGAAAUAGUUUCUUCGCGAACUGUAGAAGGUGACGAGAAAAAAUUUGUAGCAUAUAUGCUACAAGCAAGACGUGAUAAUAAAGAAUCAAAGGUUUAUGAGCUGUACGACCCAGACCCUGCCAAUGUAGAGCGUAGAUACACCCAUUUUUUGGAUCUGUACAAUGGAUUGAAAAAAGAGUGUCCAGUUUUAUUAAACAAUGUGUCAUUUCCUAGAAAGAUGAUGGUUGGAAAUUUUGACCCUAAUUUAAUAUCAACUCGAUGUGCAGCAUUUGAAGUGUUGCUAGACUUAAUAUCUAACGAGUCAAGACUGAGAGAUGCCCCAGCAUCUAUCACAUUCUUUCAAGAUAUUGAACUAAUUGAAGCCAAACGACUUAUGAAUGAGGAAAAAUUUGAUCAAGCACUCUCAGUGCUUGAAACUAGUUUCAAAUUAUUGAAUAAGGUAUACACAGAUAGAUCACGGGUAGUGUUGAGUGCGUUGUGUCGCAUUGUGGCCUGCGCAGGGGCCAGUGGAGGAGCUCUGGCAGGUCCUGUGGAGCGCUGGGCACAGCUUGCUUUGCGUCGAUAUGAAGCUGUCAGUGAUUCGGACUUGUUACUAAUAUAUAUACCUCUGCUGUACACAUGUAUUUCAAUAUGGGAAACCCUUGGCAGAGAUAAAUCGAAGUUGGUGGAUGAAUUGAAUGAUCUCCGCAAACGAGGAAUGAAGGUAGACUCAGUGCCCAGCUUGAUGGAAGCUGUGGACAACUUAAAUACAAAUGUAUAACAAUAGUUAGUAAAUUUAAAACUGGUUGAGUGCUUUAAUCUGCUUGCUUGUCACUUGACUAAUGAAUACUAAAAAUGAUGGGUUAUGUAAGGAGGAAUCUUUUUCACAAUUAGAUAAUAUGUAGUAAGUGAUCAACUUCCACUAAAAUAUGUGUGUAUAUAAAUUUUAACAACGACAUAUACAUAUGAUUAUUUGUAUCUAAACAGUAACUUUAGAAUUAAAAUUACUUUCCUAUUGUAAUUAACACUAAAACGAGAUAUGACAGUCUCGAAUUUUCAUAUAUUAAUAUAUAGUGAUAUUUUUUAUUGAAUACAGCUCAGAUAAUAUGCUUUAAUUUAACUAUUAUUAAGCAUGUAGUAAGAUAUCAACAUUGUAAUCUCAUAAUUUAGUGAUUUAGUAAUUAUUUAUACCUAUUAUAUAUACAUUAAUAUAUUUUGAAAGUUUAUUUGUGAUUAUUACGUGACAUAUUUAGAUCAUGUUAUCAUGUAUUGGAAGUUGGUAGAAACAUUGUGAUGUAGCUGAUUUAGUUAUUAUUUAUUUCCUAACAACUAGAUGUAAUUAAUAUGCUUUAAAAUUUCGUGCACAAUAAUGCAGUGUACUCCAUUUUUAUAUAAAUUAAAUUCAUAUUGGUGUGCUAAAAUGUGGUCUCACUUAUGGUCACAAAAUGAAAAAUAUAAAAAAAAUAGUGCCUUUAAUAUUCUUGGCCACCUUUAAAAUUGUGUUUCAAAUCAAUUAAUCAAAUUAAUUUUAAUUAAUUAAAUCAAAUUAUGUCUUAAAUUAAGAUUUAGACGGUUUUUAAAGUGAACUGCAAAAAAUUCCAAUUACAUCUAAAAUCUAUGAAUUUUGUUUCAUAGAGGUAAAGAUUUUCGUCAAUGUAUGAGAUAUUUCAUAUCAGUAAAACAGUAACUUGUCAAUUUUAUAGUGAGAGUAAUUAAGGAUAUAUAUUACAACACUUCAUUUCAAAUAACUCUCCCACGACCACUAUUACAACGAUUUGUAAACAUUAUGUAUUUUUUACUAGUCGGUGGAUAUUAAAUUUAAUAAUCAAAGGAUUAUUCAACUCUUACGGUGUAUAAUUUAUUUACAAAAGAAAGACAUAUAAAUAUUGGUUGAUAGAAAAAUAUUUAUUCAUCUCUAUAUUGUUGUUAUUAAGUUAUUUUUAUCUACAUAAUCUAUAAACAUAAGUAGUCCGUAGUUAAUAGUGUCAUAUUAUUAAUUUUUAUAUCAUAAUUUACAGCAAAUGUAAUAAAAUUAAAGAAUUAACGUGUUAAUUGU